AUGGAUGAUGGAUUAAAUGUAACAUAUAUAACUCUUGAUGGUUAUGUGGAACUAAACAAAUACAGAUAUCUUUAUUUUGUGAUCAUGCUAACAGCAUAUAUUCUAAUAAUCUGCAGUAACGCCAUAAUUGUGUAUCUGAUCUGGAGUCACCAAAACCUCCAUGAGCCCAUGUACAUUUUCAUUGCAGCUCUGUCAGUCAACUCUAUUCUUUUCAGCACUGCUAUCUACCCAAAGCUUCUGAUUGACUCUUUAUCUGAGAAACAGAUCAUUUCACAUGCUGCAUGUUUCUUUCAAUGGUUUUUAUUUUACUCUUCAGGUGGUUCAGAUUUCUUACUGUUGGCAGCCAUGGCCUAUGACAGGUAUGUGUCUAUAUGUAAACCUCUACAAUAUCCAACUAUAAUGAGGACAACAACUGUAAAUAUCUGUCUAGGUUUGGCUUGGCUUCUGCCUGCUUGUCAGGUUGGAGGUGCAGUUGCAAUUACUGCAAAUAGAAAAAUCUGUUACUUUAAUUUGAAAGGAAUAAUUUGCAACAGUUUAGUUCAGAAACUUAUUUGUGUGAGCUCAGGAGUGCUAUAUGUGUAUGGUUUGGUUUGUGUGAUGACCCUCAUACUUAUCCCUGUAUUUUUAAUACUUUUUACAUACACCAGGAUAUUUAUACUAUCCUUUCGAAGUUGUAGAGAAGUCAAGAGAAAAGCGGCACAAACCUGUUUACCACACCUGACUGUUCUGAUAAACUUCACCUGUUUGUCUGCAUUUGAUAUCAUUAUAACUCGACUGGAAUACAAUGUUCCAAAAACUGUGCGUUUAAUAACGACUCUACAAAUGAUUUUGUUUAGUCCUCUCUUUAAUCCAAUCAUAUAUGGAGUGAAAAUGAAAGAAAUUUCUAAACACCUGAAGAGGUUGUUAUCUUCAUUCAAAUGGGACUAA